CCUCUCACCUCUUUAGCACACAUACGCAGUUAUCGGCUUUCUGUUUGGCUGCCGUGGGUUAGAAAAACGCGAAGCUCAGCAUCAGAGUAAGAUAUUAACAGUAUGGUUGAAAGCUGAAACCCGCCAACUUAACAGACGGAGUUUACAGGUAACAUGAUGGAGGUGGCAGGUUCCUGGACAGAAGUGUUUGAGCGCUCAGAGACGAAGGAGGAAUCGGCCGAGACGCUGUUGGGCAGCUCUACUCUCACUCUGGCUCCUCUGGUAUCUGACUCGCCAUCCAUCCGCCGCUCCCAGCCCAUCCUGAUUACCUCAAACAGGGCGAAGGGCGUGGAGUCGUUCUCUUCCUCCGUCCCGUCCAUACCAAACCCGUUCCCUGAGCUUUCCAAAUCUCCGGUGCUGAUCAGUUCAUUUCCACCACAGUCGAGUGACAAACAUGCGAUUAAGGUGUAUGGAGAGGACAGCCACAGCAGGUCGGUGUGGGUUUCUCCAGCAGCCACAGCCAGGGAGGUGUGCCACAUGUUGGUGCAGACGGCUCACUGCAGCGACCAGGAAAACUGGGCCCUCCUCGAAGUCCAUCCCACCCUCGGUCUGGAGAGGUGUCUGGAGGACCACGAGGUUGUGUUGGAGGUUCAGGCGACCUGGUCUCUGAAGGGUGACACGAGGUUUAUGUUCUGCAAGAACUACGCCAAGUACGAGUUCUUCAGGAAGCCAAUGCUUUUCUUCCCAGAGUCCAUGAUCUCCGACAGCGCUGAUGUCAACAAGGGUAUGACAUCAUCAGAGCUCAUUAAGAACCUGCUGAAGUCGGGGACCUGUCCGGAGAUCCAGGGUUUCCUUCAUGUUAAAGAACCAAGUCGAAAGGCCUGGAAGAAGGUUUAUUUCUUCCUGCGCCGCUCGGGACUCUACAGCUCCACCAAGGGCUCGUCCAAGGAGCCUCGUCACCUGCAGUACGUGGCUGAUCUGGACGAUCUGAACGUCUACACUGUGGUGAACAGCCGUAAACUGUACGGAGCGCCGACAGACUUCACCUUCUGCAUCAAGCCGUCCAAAAAUCCCAUCCGUGUUCAGGACCUGAAGAUCCUGUGUGCUGAGAACGAGCAGACACGAACUUGUUGGACGUCCGCCUUCAGAUUGUUCAAGUACGGGAAGCAGCUCCAGCGUAACUAUGAGAUGUCCAAAGCAGCUCCACAAAAAGUGGAAGGAUCCAGAUUUGCAGAUGGCAAAUCAAAGUCGGAGGAUAGCCUGGUGGCCAUGGACUUCUCUGGGAAGGCUGGCGGGAGGGUCAUCCAGAACCCGAUGGAGGCCCAGAGCGCAGAGCGGGAGGAGGGGCUUGCAUGGAGGAGGCGAGAGGCCCUGAGGUGCAGUCUGCCUAACCUGAACUCUGCUGUGAGACCUUCCUCCAUCCACAAGACCCAGCCGUGGUUUCAUGGUGGCGUUUCCAGAAAAGAAGCACAGAGACUGAUAGAGAAGCAGGGGCUGGUGGACGGGAUGUUCCUGAUUCGUGACAGCCAGCAGCACGCUCAGUGCUUCGUCCUGUCGCUGUGCUACCAGCUGAAGACCAAACACUACCUGGUGAUCCCAUUUGAGAACGGCGGCAGGAAGUACUACACCAUGGACGACGGCGACACGCUCUUCAUUGACCUCCUGCAGUUGGUCGAGUUUCAUCAAAUCAACAAGGGCAUCCUGCCAGUGUGCCUCAAACACCCCUGCGUCUGCGUCGCGCUAUAAACCCGCGGCUCCUUCACCUCACCUCUGCCCAGCUGCACCACCCAAACUCCCCACUCAGGUUGUCAAAGAAAAUCUCUCACUGCAGUGUGAUGAAUUUAUCAGGCUGUGAAACGAGGACUCGAGGGAAGACGGGCGAAAAGCAUACUCUCUGCUCCUCCUCCCUUUAGUUUUAAACACAUUAUUCUCCACAUCGUGCAGCUCCAGACUGUAGCUGCUUUUUAAUUUUAAUUAACGAGCAGCGGCCCCACCGGAGACGGCUUAAUUAGCCGCGUUGGACAGACUUUUUAGCGCUUUGGGGACCAUGUUGAUGACGUGCACUUUGAUUCGGAUCCAUGCUGCGGCUGCCAUGAGCCAGUCAGACUUUCACUGUGAUGAGCAGCAUCAGCAAGAAGAGGUGGUGUGUGAUUCUCACCUGCACAGUAGAAGUGUGGCCACCAGAGGGCGCUCUGACUCAAAGCUCAGAGGAGGAAUUCAUGGAUUUCUCAGCUCAGCGUAGGAAGAGGGCAUGUGUGGAUUACCGAGAGAACACUUAACCAUAAAAUGCACCUGGUCGCAAUCAUGUAGCAUGUAAAUUCUCACUCUCCUGACUGCUGUUUUUUUUGUACUUGUAUUUGUGCCUCGUAUUUUAAACAGAACCAGCUUUAAUUCGUGUAACAGUAAAAGCUAUUUCACUGCUGUAUUUGCACAAUGAUGGUGAAGGGGAAUCUGUCUUGUUUUGGUUUUACGAGAGUAAAAAGCUAACUGCCGAAGAGAAGCGGUCAAAGUUAUACAUCAACUCAAUCGUAACCCUUUAUUUUAUAGGUCGAUGAUUUCUGACAGUUUUCUCCGUGUAAUGAAAAAAGUGUAGUUUUACACCAAAAAGCAGAGCUGGUGCUGAGGUGGAGAGAAAAUGCAAUAAUUACAAAAUCUUUUUCCACUACUCAGAAUUUAUUUGGAAAAUAUGCACCAGCUUUUU